AUGGUGCAACGCCGUCGCAGCAAGACUGUCUGGAAGAGAUGCGAGAUGCAGCCGCGCUGCCCGUCCAAAAUGGAGGCGCUGCGGACGGCGCGGAGGGCAUUCUCCGAUUCAUCUUCCGGAUAUUCCACAACCACCAAUGACGGGAUGAAAUGGACGAUUGGCGGAGGGAAAUGGGCUGAUAGACAUCCACUCGAAAUGGGUGAAAUGGACGACGAGGGGCCACAAUCGCUGCAGGGCAGCCCGUGGGGCACCGAGGCGAUGGAACGGGCCCGAGCCUGGGAUGCUGGCAGAGGAAUAUUGCGGAAUUCGGAGGAGGAUGAGGAUGAGGAUACGCUAGCUGACGAUAUUCUGCCCAAACCCGAGCGA